GUGGGGGUCGUGGAGUGGGAGAGGUUGCGGUUCGGGAGGCAGGUGCAUGAGGUCAUCUCGUUGGUGGAGGUCGAUGGGCUUGGAGAGGUGGUCUUCAAGAGCGUGCUGCAGCCGCAGGAGCAGAGGUACAUGUACAACGAGCUCAAGAUGCUGCUUUCGCUGGGGAGGCAUCCGAAUAUGGUUGCGCCGCCGCUGGGGGUGGUUACGAAGAAGGGGCGGUUUGGGAACCGGAGAGGGGUUUGCGGUUUCUUGCUGGAGUGGUUCCCUCUGGGUUCCCUGAAGGACAGGUUGCUGCGGGACGACUAUGACGAAACGACGUCAAUGAAACAGAAGUUGAGGUGGGCGAGGCAGAUCACGGAGGCGUUUGUCCAUAUCAACGACCAUAGCAACGCAGGCUUCUACCCGGAUCUCAAGCCGGACAACAUUGUCCUCAGGGAGGACGCGGAGACGGGGCUGCUGGAUGCGGUGCUCAUAGAUUUGGAACAGCGCGGGGGCUGGUUUGCGUGGAGCCCGCCAGAGGUGGCGUACCUGGAAUACUUGGAGAUUCUAACAGACGAAUCCGGACUGGCAGAAGGCGAGCUAAAGGACGAGAUUCUGGAGCAGCUGAGGGGGUACUAUGGCGACCCCGAGUGGUCACCAGGCGCGGGUGGCCGGCGGUACCACAACACGGAGGGUGGGUUCAGCUCGCCAUGGUUGGCUCUGCUGAAGGCGAGGGGAGCAAAAAGCUGGGGAAUGGAUUUGCUGGAACGGGCGCAGGUCUUUAUGCUGGGGAAGCUGCUGUGGUGCAUCUUCGAGGGGCAGCCGUUUGUGAGGUGCGGCAUCGACCACGAAGUGUUGCGAGAUGGCGACCCGGAGUACGAGUCAAGGCGGUCCGGGAAGGCGAGGGCAUUUCCGAAGUUCAAAAGAACGCCGCAUGUCCUUCGCCAGUUAAUCCAGGCCUGCACGGCUGGGGCGCCGGAGUGGGAUGCAAGUCAACCACGGUUACCGGGCGUGGUCCUUCAAGGGGGGAAGCUUCAUCCAGUAGGUUCAGGGGGCGACCUGACUCCGACGACUGCCGUAGAUACUCGCAAUGCAGCCAGAAACUUCUGGAUCCGAGAGGUGGAAUUAGCCAGGGCAUUCAUGAGAGAGUUGAUUUUGCUCAGGGGCAAGUCACCAAGGGGUAAUAACUCAGAGAAAGGAUCGCAACCACAACCACCGACCUCGGUAACAACGACCGGCUUGCUGGAUCAAGUCCGAACACGCCCGCUAUUCUCGGAGGUGUUAGAACGACUGGACCGUAUUGCGAGUCAGUAAGUAGGAAGGGGGUAUUCUCCAAGUCCCGGCAUGUAUCCCAGCAUGCAUUAGUUAUCCUAGCUAGAGUUAUGCCAGCAAAGGCAAUUCAAAC